AACUUUGGAGUUGUGAGUUCUGCCUGUUUCGUUCGCUGUGAUUCUGCGUAAAACAGUUGUAAUAUUUCUCUUAGAAGCAGUGCUAUCUAAUAUUGUAUUUGUUUAUACUUUUGUCUAGUUGGUACGCUAAGUCUAGCCAUACGUCAUUGAAGGCGGGUCAAGGUGUUAAUCAGCUUCAGCUGUCAAGAUGCUGGGCGGCAGCGUGCUCUGGUUCCGGCACGGGCUGAGGCUGCACGAUAACCCGGCGCUGCUCAGCGCGCUCGAAGACAGGCGCAUGCCAUUGUUCCCUAUAUUUAUAUUCGACGGGGAGACGGCAGGUACGAAGUUGGUAGGGUACAACCGCAUGCGGUACUUACUGGAAGCCCUCGAUGAUUUGGACAACCAGUUCAAGAAGUUCGGAGGCCGCCUCAUCAUGCUCAAGGGGAAACCCAACAUCGUCUUCAAGAGGCUGUGGGAGGAAUUUGGCAUCCGCAAGCUGUGCUUCGAGCAGGACUGCGAGCCGGUGUGGCGCGCGCGCGACGAUAGCGUAAAGGACGCGUGUCGCGAGAUCGGCGUGCAGUGUCGCGAGCACGUGUCGCAUACAUUGUGGGAACCUGACACUGUGAUCCGCGCCAACGGGGGCAUCCCGCCGCUCACAUACCAGAUGUUCCUGCAUACAGUUGACACGAUCGGCGAUCCACCUCGGCCUGUGGUGGACGCGGAUUUGUGCGGAGUCAAGUUUGGAGCCCUACCCGAGUGCUUCUAUCAAGAGUUCACGGUUUUCGAUAAGACUCCGAAGCCCGAAGAGUUGGGCGUGUUCCUGGAGAACGAGGACAUCCGUAUGAUCCGAUGGGUGGGGGGAGAAACGGCUGCACUGAAACAGAUGCAACAGCGGCUCAACGUGGAGUACGAGACAUUCUGCAGGGGUUCGUACUUGCCUACUCACGGCAACCCGGAUCUACUCGGGCCGCCCAUAUCGUUGAGUCCGGCGUUGCGAUUCGGCUGCCUCUCUGUGAGACGAUUUUACUGGUCGGUACAAGAUCUCUUUCAAAAAGUACACCAAGGUCGACUGUCUUCCACACAUUAUAUAACAGGUCAGUUAAUAUGGCGCGAAUAUUUCUACACGAUGAGUGUGAAUAACCCGAACUACGGCCAGAUGGCUGGCAAUCCCAUCUGCUUGGACAUCCCGUGGAAGAGCCCUGAAGGAGAUGAGUUGCAGAGAUGGAAAGAAGGCCGAACCGGCUUCCCAUUCGUAGACGCGGCGAUGCGGCAACUCCUUACCGAAGGCUGGCUGCAUCACGUCGUGAGGAAUACUGUAGCUUCCUUCCUCACAAGGGGAUCCUUGUGGCUGUCCUGGGAACAUGGUUUACAGCACUUCCUGAAAUAUCUACUGGAUGCAGACUGGUCUGUAUGCGCCGGAAACUGGAUGUGGGUAUCUUCAUCCGCGUUCGAAGCGUUGCUGGACUCUGGGGAUUGUGCUUGCCCCGUGAGAUUGGGGCAAAGAUUAGACCCUAGUGGGGAAUACGUGCGUCGCUAUCUACCCGCAUUGGCACGAGUGCCCGACCGCUAUAUCUACGAACCCUGGAAAGCUCCUAUAGAAGUCCAGGAACAAGCCAACUGCAUAAUCGGCAAGGAUUAUCCAGCACCUAUGGUCAACCACCUAGUCGCCGCAGAGAGGAACAGAUUCGCUAUGAAGACCUUAAGACGAACGUUGUACAAGAUUGGGCGGCCCGACAAGGCACAAUGGUUGAAAGUAGUCAGGGUUCGUACAAAACACGCUCGUUACGUGCGCAGACGCAUACGUUCAAUGAUUUACAUAUAUAAAAAUCUUUGUGCGGAAUACAUUUUAGCUACAUAGAUUCACGACUUUUUCUUUUGAGGGUAGAGAGAUAAUUUUGAAAUAAAGAAGAUAAUUGCGAUGAAUUCAAGUUAUCUUGUACCUUAGAUUAAAACAAAAAGGGAAAAUACGGCACUAAUAGCUAAUUGCGAUGAAAUCAAGUCUGCCAGUUAUCUUGUACCUUAGAUUAAAACAAAAAAGGUAAGUUACGGCACUAGCGGCUCAAAAGUGUACCGCUUAAAUUGUGGUGCAUUAACACAAUUUGGCCUCCAAACGUGCUGUAUGUAUGUGUACUCAAUUUAACAAUAUUGCAUAUAUUCUGUGUUAUAAAGAUAAAACAAUGCACUCGAUGCUUUUAAAAAGAACUCGAAUAGUUGAAGGUCAAAUAACAAAUUCCACGGCAACACUUCAUUCGUAAAAUUAUAAUAACUUUUUUCUGUCUUAAAAUCACGGUUCAUGAUUUAGUUAUAUUCGCC